AGAAAGACGGAGAGAUUGUAUCGUUGGCGCAGAGCAGAGGUGGGGAGAGCAGUGGCGCGGACUGCGGAGUGGAGCGAACGAUCCCCUCAUUCUCUGAAAAUGGCCGCUUGAAAGAACAACGAAGUCACAAAAGUGUUACGUCUGUUUCUCGUGCUAACCGCCGAAAGUUUAACUCAGUAUAAUGCGCACUGCUACAAUGGAAUCUUACGGAUUAUCAGCUGGAAAUAAGAAAUCUACAAUUGCUCUGUUGAACGACGAAGCUAAGAAAAUUUCAUCCAAGAACCAAGUUAUUUUGCUCGCCUGCUGGAACAACGCCUCGACAACGACGAGAAAGUCUAGCUGCACAAUUACAGCCAAAUUGUCCCGUGCCUUUAUCCAAGCCAGAGCUCAGCAGCAUUGCGGUUUUAGAAGACAUCGUCACGCACGCAAAGGCCGUCCUUGUCUGCCACACUGCAGUGGAGUCAAGUUUCGAAACGGUGGUGGGAGUAUACCAAGCUGCUGAGUAGUAUAGUCCUCCAGAGAUGGACUUCAGGCAUCCAGCACGUUCAAGCUCGGAGUCCUCGACGGCUAUGUACGCCAGUUCUCCUGAAUGUGAACAAGACUUUAAGGCUCACUGGUACAACAAUAUGUAUUCGGCACAGAACCUCAAUUCUCCGAGCAAGCUCAUGAAGGAGAGUCUCAACGAAAAUACAAAAAAUUUCAAUUUUAACAAUAGCAGAAUGUACUCGACGAAGCAGUCGCUGAGUGUGGACAACAUGGCAAACCAACCGAAAAAGACGGUCUGGCAGAGCAUGUUCCGCAGCAUGUCAAGCUUGGUGAGCGAUCAUCUGCUGAACCGUGGCCCAUUGUCUUUUUUGACUAAAUGGUCGAGCAUGAACACACCCCUGUCUGUGACGGUUGUGUCGACCGACUUCUACAAAUCCUGGCAGCGCAGCAAGGAUCACCAACUGGUCGAUCCUUCCUUGGGUUUCUACACCCGCGGCUGGACCAAGGACUCGCCGCACAGUAGCGACGAGAUUUCAAUGCCAAAUAUUUUAUACGCUAACGAAAUCCUGGGUGAUAGUGUCAAGCUAAGUUGUAGUGAUCCCAGCGAUAGUGACGAGAGGUGGAAACAGUACAAGUGCAUGUAUGUGAAUUGUAAUGAGACUCAAGGUAAAGAGGGGAUGAAAGAAAAAGUGAUGGGAUUGGAGAAAGUUGAUAAAGUGGAAACGGACUCGGUUACGAACGAAAAAAUUGUUAAUAGUGUAAAUAAGAGCGAUUACAACGACGAAGAUUUAGAAUCGCAUUUUUAUACAGUAAUCAGUGAUACAAAAGAAUUAGAUAAAGCAACAAAUUUCGGUAACACGCUAAAAGUAGACGAUGAGCCGGUCAUGUUAGAAAAGCCUGAAACCACGCCAGAAGAAACUGAACAGCAAAUUCCACAAUCACAAUCCCAAGAGGCUCCUGGCUCGCAACAAUCAGCUGUCGUCGGUACGAUGCUAACCCAGGCCUACAACAAAGUUGUCAACGGCAUGACGGACAUACUGCAGUUAGGUGAUUCCUCUGAGUCGAUGCCGUCGUCGCUUUUUACGAAGCGCGCCUGUUCGCCGAAACCCCGACCUAAACGGGUUCAUAUCGUUUCGAACGGUCGAGGUCGAGGUCGAGCCAAGUCGCAGCUGCGUCGCUCAGGCGUUAGCCAAAAGCGACAUCGAAAGGAGCGUAGCAGAUACGACUGCAGCGAGGACAUCAAGAAUGACAUCGACAACUGGGAAGAGCUCGAGUACUCCCAGAGCACCGACGACGACGGUGGCCAAGACGUCUGCGAUUUUGCUGGUUCACCAGGGCAGUUCGAUAACGCAGACGAGGAUACACAGUACAGACGCACGUCGAACAGUUUUACUUUGGCGGAUAUCAAGCCCAAGAAGAGGAAGCCUGAGAAUUCGAAGAAACACGGCUGGACGAACGUCAGCGUUGCCUUUACGGUACCUUGUUUGGAUGAAGAUGGGGGGAUUGAUCCCAGUUUCGAUGUAGGCUUCAGACCUAGGUUGAUGUCCGAGAGCUCUGUCGACUCGGAGGAUAGUUACUGCAUUGUCUUCGAGGGCGAUGGGGAUAAUACGGAAUCAGAUUUGGAGACUGAUGAGGAAAGUUGUACAGCUACGGAUACCGAAAGCGAGUCGGAAGACGAAGAUGAUACGGAUAUCGAGGUGCAUUCCAUUCAGCCCACAAAGGUGAAGUUUGAUCUGAACCCUACCGUUCAUCGGAUGAUUAAGUGGAACUUUGCAUACAGAGCAGCUCGUCCUGGACCCUGGGAACAGAUAGCGCGUGAUCGGGAGCGUUUCAAUAGUCGUAUCAAAUGCAUAGGCCGUGUUCUCAAUCCUGUACUUGCCAAGGAUCAUCGGGAUCUUGUUUAUAAUGAAAGAUUCGCCGAGUAAUUUUAUUGAAAAAAGAAAUCAAUCGUAUCUUCAACGCUGUGAAUCAUGAGUGCGUUAUAAUGGAUUUUAUAAAAUUAAACAUUGUUGGCUUCUUUAGUACAAAUCGAACGAGACAAAAUUACAAUUUAAGUACACAGAGAGUUGCAUAAUUAAUUGCAAGAGAGAAGACUGCAAAAUGAAAUAGACACGGUAGGAUGUAAUAUAAAGGCGUUAUGUCGAUAAAUAUGUAUAAAAAGGAAAAAAGCAGUUAAAGUAGAGGCGACGUUUGUUGUAGAAGCGAAAAUGAGCAGUUCCUUAAGUAAGCACUUUUUUAGACACUAGCGUGGUUUUUUUACAUUUUCAUGGUUGUUUGAAAGGAGACGAUCCAGGACACCUCUAUUGUAACUCACCCCUAUCUCGUUCUCUGCACGAAGUGCUUAUUUAACGACGCGUAGUGUGCAUCAUUUUUCCUUUUUUUAAGUUCCCUCGACCGUCAUUGUUUUGUUUUAUGCAUAUUUUAUGCGGUUGAUUUUCGUUUCCUCUUUCACCGCGCGCGAUUGCUGUACGCGUGGAAUAUCAUUCCCAAAAGUUGGUAUGUAAAGUCACAGCUUUGUUUUUCCACUGCUUGUAAAUUCACAAAGCCGCAAUAGUUUCACAGCAGAGAAAUAAAAUUAUUAGUGUCUUCAAAUUCGAGUAUAAUCGAUCAUGUACAUAUAUAUAAGAGAUGUGAAAUAUCGCAGAUUAUUGAAAAGUUAGUAAAUUGCUACAGAUUUUUACGUUUGAUUGUAAAACAAAAGGAAAUGACCAAAGUGUCUUAUAUAUCUAAAGAAAAUUAACAAUUAUAUUGUCAGCGUUGCAAUUUUGUGUGCUGGAUGAUUAUUUUUAAAUCUCAUUGCUAUAUACGAAUAAGGCAAAGUAAGGAAAAGUGAGUUUUUAAUAUUAAAAAAAGUAUAUAUAUUUCGGCGUCUGUUGUCUGAAAAGCAUAUAAGCUAUCUGUUUCUGUUCGUCGUCAGCGAUUUAAGAUGUCUCAACGACGCUUCAUUUCACAUUGUAUAAUGUAAAAAUACAGCUGUAAUUUAGAAAAAAAAUGAAAUAUUGACUAUUACUAUAUGUAUAUAAGUAUAUAAGUAACAAAUUAAUACCAUGUAUUUACGUAUGAAACAUAACUUCGACGGCUAUUUUGAAACUCGCGACGAUGCGAUUUUAAUCGUUUUACAAAUUUGAAGUAAGAGAAUAUUUGAAAUUCUGAAUAUAUUUCGAUUUAGUUUUUGUUUUUUCAAUCUAUAAUGAACUCGUAAAGAAUAAUCUUUUUGUUUAAUUUUACAUGCUCUCGCGCGAGUUUCUCAGUUAACGUCAAGUAUUGAUUAAAUACUGUUUAUGUCUAUAGAAAAUGAAUAAAUAUUGCAAUUAUACAUGAA